CCUGUUAGAAAUCGUGGGAGGAUUCUCUUUUUAACUAUUAGACUAUUAUCAAUUCGGUUGACCCGACCCAUCAUGACGGAGUCUAUUUAAAGCCCCGUGAAAGGCUUGGCAAAACCAACAGCGCCGAGAUCGGCAAGCAAGGGCGAAUUUUCCAAUACUUUUUAGUUUUUUCCACAGUUUCUCUUCCAAAUUUCUUUAAUCUGUAACCAUGUCUCAGACUACUGUCCUUAAGGUUGCUAUGUCAUGUCAAGGCUGUGUUGGGGCCGUCAAAAGGGUCUUGGGAAAACUGGAAGGAGUUGAGACGUAUGACAUCGACAUUGAUGCACAAAAGGUGACUGUGAAAGGAAAUGUAGAGCGCGAUGUAGUUUUCCAAACUGUUUCAAAAACUGGCAAGAAGACUGCCUACUGGGAAGAGGAUGCCUCGGCAGCACCUGCAGCGACACCAGCACCGGCUGAAGCAGAAGCUAAACCUGCCGAGCCCCUGGCCGCUAUUUAAACUAUUCACCAUUUACAUAAUGGAAAUUUUCUGUUCAAUGCAUAAGGUCUUUAUUUCCUGAAGCUAAUAAUAUUGUAAUUGUAUGCAAAACUUGUCUAUUUAGUCUAUGUAAUACUUUUAUUUGAGCGUCUCUUGUAUGACCGUCUACGUUAAAUCUUAACCAUAGUCUACAGAUAUAUAUAUAUAUCUGUUUUGCCCAA